AGGCAGCCCCGCCUCGGGGAGCCCAGGAGCGCCAGAAGCCGCCCCCAUGGUGCCCCAACUGCUGCUGCUGCCCGGGCUGCUCCUCACGCUGCUGAUGGCGGAGGGGAGCAGCGGUUCCAAGCAGGAGGAAAACCUGCUGGUUCUUACUGUGGCCACCAAGGAGACGGAGGGAUUCAAACGCUUCAAAAGAUCAGCCCAGUUGUUCAACUACAAAGUGCAGGUGCUGGGGCUGGAGGAGGAGUGGCAUGGGGAGGAUGACAAGAAGGCAGCAGGAGGUGGGCAGAAGGUCCGUCUCUUGAAGUCAGCUUUGAAGCAGCAUGAGGACAAGGAGGACUUGAUCAUCCUCUUCACAGAGAGCUAUGACGUGCUCUUUGCCUCGGGCCCCGCAGAGCUGCUGAAGAAGUUCAAACAGGCCAAGAGCAAGGUGGUUUUCUCAGCAGAGACCUUUGUCUACCCUGACCGGAAGCUGGAAGCCAAGUACUCGCAGGUGCGAGAUGGGAAGCGCUUCCUAGGUUCCGGAGGUUUCAUAGGUUAUGCUCCUAACCUAAACAAGCUUGUGGAGGAUUGGAAGGGACUUGACAGUGAUAGCGACCAGCUCUUUUACACCAAUAUCUUCUUGGAUCCAGAAAAAAGGGAAAAUAUCAACAUCACCCUAGAUCAGAGAUGCCGGAUCUUCCAGAACCUGAAUGGAGCAUUAGAUGAGGUGGUUCUGAAGUUUGAAAAUGCACGUGUGAGAGCAAGGAAUGUCAUGUAUGACACCCUCCCAGUCCUGAUUCAUGGCAACGGACCCACCAAGCUGCAGCUGAACUACCUGGGAAACUAUAUUCCUCGGGUCUGGACAUUUGAGACGGGCUGCACUGUGUGUGAUGAAGGCCUGAGAAGUCUCACAGGGUUCAAGGACGAUGCAUUGCCAUUGGUUCUGAUUGGAAUUUUCAUUGAGCAGCCCACUCCGUUUCUCUCCCAGUUCUUCCUGCGGCUUCAGAACCUCCAGUACCCAAAGAAGCGCACGCAGCUCUUCAUUCACAAUCAUGAGCAACAUCACCUGUCCCGGGUGGACACGUUUGUGAAGGAGCAUGGCAAAGAAUAUCACACGGUCAAAGUGAUUGGGCCAGAAAAUCAUGUGGAGAACGCUGAUGCACGGAACAUGGGCAUGGAUUUGUGCAGACAGGAUCCUGACUGUGAAUACUACUUCAGCCUGGACGCCGAAGUGGUUCUGAACAACUCGAAGGUUUUGCGGAGCCUGAUUGAACAAAACAAGUUGGUAAUUACCCCACUGGUGAGCCGGCAAGGAAAGCUGUGGUCGAAUUUCUGGGGUGCACUGAGUCCUGAUGGGUACUAUGCCCGGUCAGAGGAUUACGUGGAUAUUGUUCAAGGACGGAGGGUUGGGGUUUGGAAUGUUCCCUACGUUUCCAGCAUCUAUCUCGUAAAAGGCAGUGCUCUGAGAUCCCAGCUCAAGCAGAGAGACCUCUUCCACCAUGGCAAACUAGAUGCAGACAUGGCUUUCUGCCAUAAUGUCCGGGAUCAGGGGGUGUUCAUGUUUGUGACAAACCAGCACCACUUUGGCCACACACUCUCCCUGGAGAAUUAUCAGACGACUCAUCUCCACAAUGACCUCUGGCAGAUCUUCAGCAACCCUGAGGACUGGAAAGAAAAGUACAUCCAUGAAAACUACACACGAGCUCUGAAAGAGAAAUUGGUGGAGACGCCCUGCCCCGAUGUGUACUGGUUCCCUAUUUUCACUGACGUCGCCUGUGAUGAGUUGGUGGAGGAAAUGGAGCACUUUGGCCAGUGGUCCAAGGGAGGUAACACGGACAGCAGGCUACUAGGGGGUUAUGAAAAUGUCCCAACCAUUGACAUCCACAUGAACCAAAUUGGCUUUGAGAGAGAAUGGUACAGGUUCCUCCUGGACUAUAUUGCUCCCAUCACAGAGAAAUUGUACCCAGGAUACUAUACACAGACACAAUUUGAGCUGGCCUUUGUCGUUCGUUACAAACCCGAUGAGCAGCCCUCCUUAGUGCCUCACCAUGAUGCUUCUACCUUCACCAUCAACAUUGCCCUGAACCGGGUAGGAAUAGAUUACGAGGGAGGAGGCUGCCGGUUUCUGCGCUACAACUGCUCCAUUCGAGCUCCUCGGAAGGGUUGGACCCUCCUGCACCCGGGACGCCUGACUCAUUAUCACGAGGGCCUUCCAACCACAAAAGGGACCCGGUACAUCGCAGUGUCCUUUCUCGACCCCUAGGGCCAAGCGUCACGAGAAGGACUUUUUGCCAGCAUCGCUCACUGCUGACUGAGAGUGGGAGUAGGGAACGCUGCUGAGUCUCCAAGGCAUCCAUCAAAGUUAUUUGGAUACUGAUUAUUUUUUAAUGACGGUUUGACUCCACUGUUGGAAGAUCGCCUCCUCUAGCACUGCAGAUAAUAAGUAGGAGUGUAAUUCUAGAUUUUGGAGAGAGAUUCUUUGUGCCUUCAUUUCCGAUAUUCAUCUGUGCUUGGAAGUGCCAUUUACUUCUUUGCUAUCUUCCAUGGCUUACUGGACUACUUGCUUGGACUGAAUAUACAGCUCUUUGGGGAGCAGGUCUCUUCUUUUUCCUCCCCACAAGCCCCUUCACCAAGCAGCAGCAAGCCCAUCUCUAUUUACAUCCAGGCCCAUCCAUAGGGAGGGAGGCAAAAGUGGGCAAUUUCCCUUGGGCCCAGAGCUCCCAGCUGCUGCCGCUACUACUGACCAGUCCCUUGUAACUAGACAGAAUUGGCCAUGGAGACUGAAUUGGCUCAGCCCUAAAAGAGAUAAUUACUGAUCGUGAUUAAAAGAAAUUCCAAAACACUUUCCUGUACACACUUCUCCCUGGGAGAUGAGAGAGCAAGCAUAGGAUAGGUGUGAGUCAUGUUGCUUAAUGCACUAGUGGAAAGCAGGAGUACCAAAAUCAACUUUAGCUGUUCUUAGCACCGACAGAACGGGCUUAGUAGUGUGGACUCAUAGUUUAGAAAAUCAACCUUAUGUGGCUAAAUUUGACCUAAACUCCUAGGCUAUAUCUACAUUGGCAAGAUUUUGCGCUAAUACUUUUAAUGCAAGAGUUUUUGCGUUCAAGUAUUUGCACAAGAGAGCAUCUACACUGGCAUGUGCCUUUGCGCAAGAGAUGUGCUUUUGAGCAAAAGCAUCCAUGCCAGUGUAGACACUCUCUUGCGCAAGAAAGCUCCAAUGGCCAUUUUAGCCAUCAGGCUUUGUUUCUCAAGAAAUUAACGUUGCCUGUCUACAGUGGCCUCUUGCGCAAGAACAGUUGUGCAAGAGGGCUUAUCCCUGAGUGGGAGCGUCAGAGUAUUUGCGCAAGAAGCACUGAUUUUAUACAUUAGAACGUCAGUGUUCUUGCGCAAGUACUCGCAGCCAGUGUAGACAGGUGGCAAGAUUUUGUGCAAAAGCUAUCUGCCUGUCCUGGCACUGCAGACUCCAAUGCACCCUGGAAACAGCCAGCAGUAGAUCCAGCUCCUAGGUGUGUGGGGAGGACAGCACAUAGGGCUCCGUGCACUAUCCCUGCCCUGAGCACUAGCUCUGCACUCCCAUUAACUGGGAACCUGCUGCUGGCUUUUUCUGGGGUGCAGCAUGGUCUGCAGUGUCAGGAGAGCAAGAAGCUAUCUUAGCGGGAGCUGCUCAGAGUAAGUCCCUCUUGCCCCAGUCUUGAUGCCCCCAAAGCUGGAGCCCCUCCAACAACCCAAAGCUCUCAUCUGCAGCUCCACCCUGAAGCCCACACUGUAGUCAAAUGAUGUUAGGUCGUGGGCAUCAACAGUUUUCUUCAAAUGGGUCAUGAGAAAAAAAGUUUGAAAACUGCUGAUCUAGAACAACUCUGCCCUCUGUUUAAAAUUGCCAGGUAGAGGAAUCUACUGCCUCUGAUACCAAGCGGUUACAGACCAAUGGAAGGAUCACUCCACAACUUGGGUUGAUAGAUGUGUAUUUUGGCAUUGAACUUUAAUUAGUAAACCUAGGACAGAAGUAGGGGACACUGACCUUUUCCUGUCUGAGCCCACGUGCAUGCAUGUUCACAAACGCGUCAACAGAGAAGGGAGAGAAAUCCAUGCGCUGACAAUCAGCUAAAAAGAACAAAGCUUGUUUCUGUUUUUAAUGAAAAUCUGAAUCAAGGUAAUUGCUUGUUGCCACCAAAUGAAUGGCUAGUGCAGGCCAAUCGUUAGUGAGAAGAUGUUGAAGAGUUGUAUGUAUUUGUUCAUCAGAUUUAUCCACUUAUUUGUUGUUUUCAACUCUGCCUAAAGAAUGGCCUGGGAUCGGUAAAGAGGAUUCAUGGUACAAAAGAUGUACAGUUUUAAGCAGCAAGUUUUACAUUAAAACAUAACAAAAAGA